GCAUACCCUAGUGUAGUAGACAAUCAAGCAUACAUAGAGAUCCUAUUAAAUUACUAUUUUCAUUCUUAACUGAUUUAUAUGCACGCACCCAAUUUGACUCAGACUCUUGAUUUGUUUGACGGUUGUUAUGGCGGUUGCCAAGGGCUCUGCAGAAUCGGGAGGUCGACUCUCCACCAUUUACAUAGAGGCCGGGGAAAUCUCAGCGGAAAUAGAAGCUUUCACCGUGGAGUCGCUAUGCCAUCAGAACGUGCAAGGCUUCUUCGGAGGCCUUUGCCCCCUAAAAAGAUUCUCCCCAUUGUGAAAUCACUUCCUUCGCAUAUACUUUCAGGUACAAUCAUAGACUCAUUGCCCUCAACAGAGAGAAGGGAUCUGAAGGACAGUGCCACCGAGCGGAGUGAGUCAAGCUGCCACAUGCUUCCUCUUUGGGACUAUGACCCUGCAGCCUUUAGGGCGGCUCCCACUCCCCUGACCUCGGUCCCAUCCAUGCUAAUACCUAAAAUAAUUGAGGGCUUCCCCUGUAAACCGCCACGCACUCUCCCCAAAAUCCCCCUCCUUGACCUCCUCAAGACAGACCCCAGAUACAUCCCCUUUCCCCCUAGCUUUAGCUUCAAUGACUUUCUGCGGGACCCUAAUGGCGGCUGUGGGGCUCAGUCACUAGAGGGCCUGAAGAAAGUGGCCCUGUCUCGCUGCAACUACAGGAAGCUGGUUGGGCUUUUCCUGAUGGAGCUGCACAAAGGGCAGCAGACUGAGGUGUCCAAGCAGCUGAUGUCCACUGAGAAAUUGCCAGAGGCCAAGACCAGGAUCCCACAGAAGCAAAUCAUAUGCGAGCUGGCAGCAUUGAUCCGUAUGGAGGUGCAAACUCAGAUGAUGUGUCGGCGGAGCUGUUUGGGAGAUGGGACCUGCAGGUCUGAACAGAAGUCUGUGGAGAUCUGGGUACCCCCAGGGGAAAGACAAGCUGUUCAGAAGCAGGAAAAUCUAUACCUAGGCAAGAACAUGUUUGCCUUCUAACUUACUAUGACAAAACUAACACUAUUGAGUU